UCCUCCUGUUGAUGUUCCUGCGCCACACACUCUUGCCGCUCGGUGUAUAGUUCGUGCGUGUUGGAGAGAGCUGGAACAAGCUGAGUUUCUCAGAAGAAAAAGGUGCGCGUUAAUCUGUUCAGACUUUCCUCUCUCAGGAACUUUGGCCUGUCAUUCUUUCUGAAGAGGAUAUAGUGCCUUUGGAAGGAGUGUAAAUCUGACACUUGAUUAAAUCCACCACGGAAAGUGUUUUGUGUUUAGAACAAACACAACUCUGGAUGAAAAUCCAGCUCAAAGAAAUGGGUCCGUUCGCAGCGCUGCUGUGGAUUUCACAUUACGCGGGACUUUUUCUCCAGAUGAACGUGAGCGGGGACGUGGAUGUGCAUGUCUCUGGUAACGCUCUUUUCACAGAGGUUCCUCAUGACAUCAUCAGUCAGACUGGUCAGGAUGUGGAGAUGGCAUGCUCCUUCAGGGGUGCAGGCUCUUCUUCAGUCUCGUUGGAGAUCCAGUGGUGGUAUUUGCAGUACCAUAGAGAAUGGUCUGAGAAACCUUCCUGGACAAAUAAUCAGGCCAGGCAUUUUCUGCAGAAUCCACACUUGUGUUGUUCCCAUUGAAGAACUGACGAAGGAUGCUACUAAAAUAAGUGUUGUGAAAGUGGCUGGCAGCAACAUCUCUCACCGGCUUCGCCUGUCAAACGUCAAACCUUCAGACGAAGGCAUGUAUGAGUGUAGAGUGAUUGACUUCAGCAACAACCAUAUUCAGCACCAUAGAGUGCAAGCUUUCUUGCAGGUAAGGCCACCAGGCCCUGAAUCACAACUUCAUCAAGAGGAAAACCUGCAUACUGAAGAGAAUAAUAUUCACCAUGGGAAACAUCAUUUGCACAAAGAGGGCAGUCAAGUCAGAGUGACAGACAAGCAUGAUAACAGAGACCUAGAGCUGCAUCAUGGAGACUAUAAGGUUCAACCGAAUGAUCAUCAUGAAAGUCAUCAUGGGCUCCAGGAAAAAGAAGGAGGGAACAAGGACUUUCCUUCAGCUCUACAUCACGGAGAUCAUAACGUAAGGGAGCAUCAGCAUCUCCAUGAUGGGAAAACCCAUCUGGUGAAUAAACACAUACAGGCAAGCAAAAUGAAAGAAACAAAAAGUCCCUCCUCAGAUGUAAACAGUCAUAAUGAACAUUCUACAGUGUUACAUUCCAAUGACUGUUUAAGCAAUGACUGUGUGCUCUAGAGCAUUACAGAGAAAAACAAGCAUUCAACAAGAAAAAACAUGAAAUAAAGACUUCUAAGUGUUGCGAAAAGACAGAAAAUAAAGGAAGAAGAGAAUGAAGGGAAAGUCAGUGAAAGGAUUGCAUGUAAAAGCUUCAUCAUAAGAAUGUUCAUUUAUUUCAAAGAAAAAUGUUGCCAUUUGCUUUGUACCAAAAGUGUUAAUUUAUCUACAAUUACAGUAGUUGAUCUACAAGAGAAACAAUAACGAUCACAAUCUGAAAAAAAUGCUGCAAAUACAAACAAUAAGAAGAACGCUUACUAAAAUAAGAAGGAUUAAAGUUGCUUUUUCAACUUCA